CAGUUAUCGAUAACAGGCCUUUAAGCUGCAGACUGCAGUGCAAAGUGUAGUUAUCGAUGGGACGCUAUUAACAAUGCACGGCAUCAAUAUCAACAAACAUCGAACUCAGGCGCGCAUUAUCGACUUUGGCGAUCGAACGCAGCCCAUUGUGGUGGACUACCGAAACUCACGCAAGUAUUUCAAGACCAAACACUAUGAAGGUACGCCCGGCUUGAAUUGGAUUGAAUUUAAUGUGCAUCACGAGGGUGCAUUGAAUUUUAGCACCGAUCCCAAGCAAUUGAUACUAGAUGCACUCUUCAAGGCCAUCGAAGGCAAUGGGCUGUUUCCCGUCAACUAUCAGUGCGGACAAAAUGUGGACACAUUCUUGGCUCGUACCUGCAAACCGGCGCUGGACAAGCUCUUUCAGCGUGGCCUCAGCAUACAGACAGUGUCUGGCAUUGAGUUGCAACUGUCUGUGUGUCUAAAUGCAGCCGCCUACAACAGAAGUCAGAUUUCGCCAGCUGUGAUCAUUAGUCAGGUAAUAUCUCGCCUUAUGGACAAUUUGGAGACUGUGGAAGGCGUGCCCGGUGUGCUGAAUCUGUGCAACUUUAAAGCCAAUGAAUCGUUCAAGCAUGUUGUGGUGCGUCUCUCCAACUUGGCUACUCUUCAGUUGGUUUGCUCCACCAUCUACAACAAUGAUGAUAAUCGACGUGCGCUGAAGGGCUUCAGCUUUGCCUGCAAUCAAAUAAGCGAUCUGGGACCAUUAAAACUCUUUGGUGAUGUCGACUAUGAUUUGUUGGAUUUAACCUACAAUCGACUAAGUUCCGCUGUGCGUUUGUGCAGCGAUUUGCAGCGCGUGCGCGCCAAGCAUUUGAAGCUGCUGGAGAAUCCCAUCGCCAAGAAGAAGCAGUAUCCAAACUGCCUGGAACCAUUGAAAACAAACUUUCAAAUUAUCGAUGGCGUACCCUUUGACAAGCUGUAUAAAAUGUACACGCCGUUAAACUAUGAGAUUGAUGUGGAAUGCGAUGGCACACGCAUUGAUUGGAGCAACAAGUCGAAACUUAACGAGUUUAAGCACAGCUCCGAUUGGCAUUCGUUUUUGAUACCCGAUGCACAGUGUGAGAUUACUAAGGAGUUGCUCUUUGAUUAUAUCUCUAUUUCACUCCAUCCGCAACUAGGAGAGUUCUAUCCCUGCUAUUACAAGUUCGAUGGCGGCGAGCAUCGUUUUCUGGUUCGCGAUUGUUUCGAUCAGAUCGAACAUCUUGUGCAGACGCUUAACCUGGAGCUCAAAAUACCCGAGCUAGUGAACACGCUGGACGAUGUGCAGGAGCUCAACUAUGAGCGCUCCAUUGCCUACUAUCUGCGCAUGAAUGUGAGCUCGUUUAAGCAGGGUCACGUGGAUCCCAAACAAUGCAUCGAACAGGCUGUGCAAAAGCGCUUUAAUGCCAUCAAUCGUACGCUCAACUUGACACAGUUUCAGCAAACCGAAGGACUGGAGCAUGUGAUUGUGCUGCUCAGUUCACCGAAGAUACUCGGCAGCAUUUUGCGCAUGGCAUCGCGUAAAUUCAUGGGCAACUGUGUCGACUUGCGGCUGGGCAAUAACAAGAUCGUGAGCGCCAAUAACUUGCGCUCCUUGUCGCUGUUGAGUAGUCUGCAAGCGCUGGAUUUGAGUCAGAAUUGGAUAAAUGAUUUGUCCGAAAUCAGUUGCCUUGGCGAUGUGCCUCUGAAAUCGUUGCGCUUACAUGGGAAUCCCGUCUGCCGCAAAUACAGUUUGCCCAGCGAGUAUAUCGCCGCGGUAACGCAAAUAUUUUCCACACUUCUCAAGCUGGACGACGUGGAGCUGAGCAGCAAACCGGGAUUGACUACGCAGAAGGAUUUUCUGUGCAACCUGUCGGCUUAUGAGUUGACAAAUGAGUUUUUGACAACUUAUCUGCGGGAAUUCGAGCAGUUGGAUCAACGCAUCAAUAUGAUAAAGUAUUAUACGGAAAACUCCAUAUUUACGAUGACCUGCAGCUUCGAUAUAAAUCGCUGUGCUCGGCCCUCGAGUGAGCUCUUCAAGCGCAUCAAUAAGUACAACUAUCAUAGCAGGAAUCUCAUCAAGAACUCGCUGGACACUUGUCGCCUAAGUGUGGGCACCAAUGAUAUAAUGGCUGUGCUGAUGCAGCUCCCGGUGGUCAGGCACGAUUACGUCUCACUGCAGACGGAUGUGAUGCACUACGAUGCCAAUAUGAUUGUGAUCAAUGUAAUUGGUUUGCUGCGCGAUGAACCCGACUUGCUGUUGGCAUUUAGCAGGCAAAUUGUGCUGCAUGUGGACGCUGUGGGUUUGGGCAUUGGCAAAGGAGCACGCCGUCUGAAGAUCAUCAACGAGCGCUUCAACAUUAUGAAUCCGACGAGGAAGCAAGCACGCGAUGGCUUCAAGUUCUGCGAGUUGCCCAGCCAGGUGACAGUGAAGCAGGAGCAUGAGGAGGAUUCCGUGGAUGUUAAGGAGCACAAACUGAUUAUAUUCCAGGAGAUAACUGGCUUGCGUCCCAGAUGGUGCACACGCAUCGUGCAGGAGGAAGCCAACUGGAACUUUGAGGUAGCUUUGCAAAAGUUCCUAGAGAUGCAGUCGGGUGACGAAUUGCCCAAUGAUGCAUUUGCCUGAGCUAAAUUAUAUAGAAUUUUAUAUAUAGUUAUAGUGUUAGAUAGUAAGUAUGACGUAAAACACUUGUUAGAAGUGUCAGAGCCGUAAGAAGAGCCAUAUUGUAUUCCGCGAUAAUGUCAAGUGCCAAAGUAUCCCUAUCAAAGAAUUACGCAGAAAUCUAUAAUGUGAUAAUUACUGGAGUGCCUUCAAAUCUUUGAACUUGUACCAUAACAACGAAUAUAUGGACUAGACUGAUGUCUCUCUCUUCUCUCUCCCGAUUGGAAUCGCAAACACUUAUCAGCUGUACAAUUAUAACUAAAUUAAUAUAUAGUUACUAAGAUAAUCGUUGUCGAACUUUGCUUUUAAUACUUAGGAUCUACAUA